AUGAACUUUGCUAUCUAUGAAGAAACACGAAAGCAAUGCCAUAGUGAUAUCUACCCGCCCCUUGUAAUUACUAAUUCCCUUCUUUUGGCUAUUUCUGUAUUUCCUUUUCUGUCCGCUUUUAUUUUUUUCUCUUUCUCCAUUCUCUCUUUCCCACCUUCUCCAUCCUCACGGUCUUCUAUCUCCUUACUUUUCUUUCUAAACUCUUCUUUCUCCCCUCUUUCUCCAUUCCUAUCUUUCUCUUCUUUAUUUCCUUUCCUCUACAUACGUCUCUCUCUCUCUCUCUCUCUCUCUCUCUCUCUCUCUAUCUAUCUAUCUAUCUAUCUAUCUAUCUCCCUCUCUCUCUCUUUCUCUCUCUCUCUCUCUCUCUCUCUCUCUAUAUAUAUAUAUAUAUAUAUAUAUCCCACUCUCCUUUCUGUACACCUUCAGUCGUGCUUUUCCGUCUACUAUUUAACUCUCCGUUUGACUCUAUUCAUCAAUUGUUUAAAUCAGACAAAAAAGUUCUCGUUUCUCAUUCCUUCUCUCUAUUCGUUCCUCUUUUUCCUGAUAUUCUUUUCUCAUUUCCACGGUAUUCUUUCUUCAUCGGAAAGCAUUCUCACAAAGAUCGAUAUAACCUGA